UAGCAUUUACUUCGCCUGUCUCUCGGACAGGGUGCUUGUACUGUGGGAAGAGGGAUUGUAACUUGGUGCUGUUGGUAGAGGUGAUUGCGUUGAUAGGAUCCAAUUGUUGCUGGUUCUCUGCUCUCAGUUUAAAUAAGUGGUCUCCAGGUGUAUGGUGACAUGAGACCUCGUGGCCCGGCUUUCUGGUCCCAGCACAUCUGGAAAGUCCUGCAAGGCCUCAGCCUCAGAAGGUCCAGAGAAAGCAAGUACAUUCCUUCAUGACUCUUGAUCACCAAAUCGUCAAUCAGACUCUUAAGCAGUCACACCCUACCACAUCAAGCUGCGGUCUUCUGGCACAGCAUGGAUGCACCAGCCCUAACAGUGGUGCGGGCCUCACAGGAAAUUCACUCACCAAGUUACUAGCUGUCGGGAAGGAUGGCCAAUCGGAAUGGCAUAUGGAGGAUGCUAUUGAGGAAGUGAUCGGUAUGGAAUCGAGUUUUAAAGAGGGAGGAACAGACUGUCCCGUGCCGACGGAAAGAACAUUAUCAGGAAGUAUUUUGGAUGUAUACAGUGGUGAGCAGGAAAUUUCACCAGUUAACAUGGGGCUUACAAGUGCUUCCUGUCCAAUUAGUCUACCAAUGAAAAAAGAAAUUACAGAAACCGACACCAGAGCGUUGGCAAAAGAGAGGCAGAAAAAGGACAAUCACAAUCUCAUUGAAAGAAGAAGAAGGUAUAAUAUUAAUUACCGAAUCAAGGAGCUUGGCACUCUUAUUCCAAAGUCUAAUGAUCCCGAUGCGCGCUGGAACAAAGGCACCAUUUUGAAAGCGUCGGUGGAGUACAUCAAGUGGCUGCAGAAGGAGCGGCAGCGGGCCCGAGAGCUGGAGCACAGGCAGAAGGCGUUAGAGCAGGCUAACAAGCGACUUCUGCUCCGGAUUCAGGAACUAGAAAUUCAGGCUCGUGCCCACGGCCUGCCAUCCCUGGCUUCCCUUGGCACGGUUGAUUUAGGUGCCCACCGCACCAAACAGCAGACUCCUGAGCAGAAUUCGGUAGACUAUUGCCGCCAGCUGACUCUUUCCCGGGAGCCGAGCCCCAAGCUCUGUGAUCAAGCCAUGGCCUUCUCUGACCCCCUGUCACACUUCACAGAUUUAUCGUUUAGUGCUGCUCUGAAAGAGGAGCAAAGAUUGGAAGGCUUGCUGCUGAACGACACGGUGUCCCCGUUUGGAACAGAUCCGCUGCUGUCUGCUGCUUCCCCUGCAGUUUCUAAAUCCAGCAGUAGGAGAAGCAGCGUUAGCUCAGAGGAUGGCGAUGAAUCAUAAGGUGUCAAAGGCUCAUUCGUCAACGAGGAAGCAGUGCUGUACUGGUGCCACUCAACUACGUUUUGUGUUUUAUAUAUUGCUUUGGCUUCGUUUCCCUUACAAGACUAUGUUGUUCACAAAACGCUCAUUAGAAGCAGCAGAAGAACUCACAGGAAGAAGAAAAAUGGUGUUGAAGAGUUACGGAGGGCUAAGUUUGAUGUUUUCCUCUUUUUCUACAGAGUCCAUGUCUACAUUUUGUUUUUCUGGACAGAGGUGCAGCGUAUGAAGUGUCUCUAUCGGUGUUUCUAAUGAAACCAUGUGAUAGCUCAUAGCGGAGCACCCUGUAAGAUAAAGCUGCUUGAACCAUA